AUGAACUCCUUCAACUGUGCUGCUUGUGGAGAGAUAUACAAGGACAAGAUGAAUAUGUAUGGAUGUUUGCCAUGCAGUUUCUUUGUUCACAAAAGCUGUAUCUAUUUACCAAAGGUAAUAAAGCUUACUCGUCACUCACAUCGUAUGUUUCAUACUUUUCAAGUUCUUGAUAAGAAAAAAUGUCGAAUAUGUUAUCAACCGCUUCUUUAUGAAUAUGGAGUGGAGGAUAUAUUUGUACCCACAAGUCGUGUGGUUACGCUACAUUCAUACUUUGCAACGGAUAAAGAGGUUUGGGAUGGCAAAGAUGUUGAACAAGAACCUAAAGAAGUUAGUAGUUCUGUAGAUGUUGCGUCGUCCUCGUUGGUGGAGGUAGAUGACAAGACUAGCCGUCACUUUAGUCAUCACCAUGACCUGAUGAGAAUUCGCGUCAACGAUGAAGUGGACGAGGGAGGGGUAUGUCAAGCAUGCAUCCUUCCCAUUGAGUUCAAUAGUUUCUUGGGCUGUAAAGAAUGUGAUUUUUCACUUCACGACACUUAUGCAAGUCUUCAUCGGAAGAUGGAACACACGUUCCACCGCCAUCCGCUAAACCUAGAAGUGAACUUCAUGAACAUCAAAGAAGGGUUCUUCUGUUGUUCUAAAUGUGGACGAGCGUCGUGUGGCUUCAUGUAUCGGUCCUACGAAAAAGAUUGUAAGUUUACAAUGGAUGCUAGGUGUGCUUCCCUUUCUGAUCCAUUGUCCAAUAAAGCGUACGAACACCGUCUCCAUCUAACAGGCAGUGGUGCACGUUGUAACCAAUGCGACUUCACUUUGAAACGAAAACGCGCAACUCUGCCGGUUUUGGUAAAGUACAAAUAUGACCCUCAUCCCCUUACCCGAGGUUUUGCUGAAUCAAUCAGGUGA